CUCAGUGUGGGUGGACGCUGGGAGGCGGGUGUGCGCGUGUGCGUGUGUGGCCGCCCCGGCUGGGUGUGUGCGUGCGGGAGGGGUCGCUCAGCCCUGCCAUGCCUGCCAGCCCCAGGGGUAGGGCUGGGGGAGGAGGAGGGAGCUGAUGUCUGGGGCUGCUUGGUGACGGUGACGAGGCUGACCAGCCAACGGAGGUGGCCGCACUGCCUGCUGCUUGCGAUGGGGGGACAGAUCACCCGGAGCACCCUCCACGACGCCUUCGGGGGCCCCUUCCCCACCACUUCUCAUCGAUGCCACCACAAGCAGAAGCACUGCCCCCCGGUGCUGCCCAGUGUGGGGCUCCCGGCCGCGCCGCUGCUCUUCCACCCACACACCAAGGGCUCCCAGAUCCUCAUGGACCUCAGCCACAAGGCCGUCAAGAGGCAGGCCAGCUUCUGCAACGCCAUCACCUUCAGCAACCGCCCGGUGCUCGUCUACGAGCAAGUCAGGCUCAAGAUCACCAAGAAGCAGUGCUGCUGGAGCGGGGCCUUGCGGCUGGGCUUCACGAGCAAGGACCCGUCCCGCAUCCACCCCGACUCGCUGCCCAAGUACGCCUGCCCCGACCUGGUGUCCCAGAGCGGCUUCUGGGCCAAGGCGCUGCCUGAGGAGUUUGCCAACGAGGGCAACGUCAUCGCCUUCUGGGUGGACAGGAAGGGCCGUGUCUUCUACCGCAUCAACGACUCAGCUGCCAUGCUCUUCUUCAACGGGGUGCGCACGGCCGACCCACUCUGGGCCCUGGUGGACGUCUACGGCCUCACACGGGGCGUGCAGCUGCUAGACAGCGAGCUGGUGCUGCCCGACUGCCUGCGGCCGCGCUCCUUCACCGCGCUGCGCCGGCCGUCCCUGCGGCGCGAGGCGGACGACGCGCGCCUGUCCGUGAGCUUGUGCGACCUCAACGUGCCAGGCAACGACGCCGACGAGGUGGCGCCGGCCGCCGGCUGCCCGAUUCCGCAGAACUCGCUCAACUCGCAGCACAGCCGAGCGCUGCCCGCGCAGCUGGACGGCGACCUGCGCUUCCACGCGCUGCGCUCGGGCGCGCACCUCCGCGUGCUGGAUGAGCACACCGUGGCGCGCCUGGAGCACGGGCGCGACGAGCGCGCGCUCGUCUUCACCAGCCGGCCCGUGCGCGUGGCCGAGACCAUCUUCGUCAAGGUCACGCGGUCCGGUGGAGCACGGCCCGGUGCGCUCUCCUGGGGCGUGACCUCGUGCGACCCCGGCACCCUUCGGCCCUCCGACUUGCCCAGCGGUGCCGAGGCGCUGGCUGACCGCGAGGAGCUCUGGGCCGUGUGCCGCGUGCCCGGGCCGCUGCACAGCGGCGACAUCCUGGGCCUGGUGGUCACCGCCGACGGCGAGCUGCACCUGAGCCACAACGGCGCGCCCGCGGGCAUGCAGCUGUGCGUGGACGUCUCGCGGCCGCUCUGGAUGCUCUUCGGCCUGCACGGCGCCAUCUCGCAGGUCCGCAUCCUCGGCUCCACCGUCCUGGCUGAGCGGGGCGUCCCGUCGCUGCCCAGCUCCUCGGCCUCCACGCCGACCUCGCCCGGCGCCCCGGGUGGCCACCUCUCCGAUCUGCUGCUCAGCCCGCGCAGCCCCGGGCCUCUGGGCAGCCCUGCCGGGGGGACAGCCCCCGACUCGCCGGUGAGCCUGCCGGAGUCCCCCGUGACCCCGGGCGUGGGCCAGUGGAGCGACGAGUGCACCAUCUGCUACGAACACGCGGUGGACACGGUCAUCUACACGUGCGGCCACAUGUGCCUCUGCUAUGCCUGCGGCCUGCGCCUCAAGAAGGCCCUCCAUGCCUGCUGCCCCAUCUGCCGCCGCCCCAUCAAGGACAUCAUCAAGACCUAUCGCAGCUCCUAGCCUGCUGCGGCGCCCACUCGGCGCGCCCACCUCUGCAGACUUCAGCCCAGUUCUAGCCGAGGGGCAAGCCAGCAGGCCCUCUUCUCACCUUGGCAACUCUUUCUCCUUUUCCACUAAACGUGGGAAUCUGAGGCCCCUGAAGGCUGGAGCACAGAAGGGGUCAGGGGCAGGGCAGCGGGGCAGGAACACCUCACUCCUGAGGGCGGGCGGAAGCUGCGCUCUCCCCAGCUCCUCCCUGUGCGCCAAUUUAGGCUCAAGUUGGGGUCUCAGCCUGUCCUAAACCUUCCCCAUCAGGGCGGACUUCUCGGUCCCUGUCGUCCGUGUGGUGAGAACUAGCAGCGUGUACCUUCCUGUGGGCAGACUCAGACGAGCCCGAGCCCGAGCCCCUGGCCGGGGCAGUGGGGAGGGACUGGGUUUUAGCCUCCCUGGGCUCCCUCAGCCGACUGUCCCUGAGCCCUGAGCAGGUCGCAGUCUCUCCGCAGAACCCAGGCGGGCAGCUCUGCAGUUGCCGUCUAGCCCUCCGGCCUGCGCCACCCCUCCUCCGACCUUUCCUCCUCACCAUGGCGAUGGCGCCAGGCCUCUCCCCCCCGGGCAGCGGAGCCUCCGGGAUGGGUGGGUGGGCAGUCUUGGGCAGCCCCUCCUGGGCUCAGCCCCCGGCCCAGUCAUCUCCCUGGGUGCUGUUGCCCACGCUGCCCUUGGGUGUGGCGGUCAGGGCUUGUGGGAGCAGCACUGCGGCUGCCCUGGGGCCUGUGUCCCCUCAGAGGUAGAAGAGCCCCGAGGCGCUGGGCGGGGCGGGGCGGGGCGGGGCGGGGCUCCUCUGGGCUACCCGCAGCCCUUUCCUUUAAUUUAUUUAUUUAUUGGCUCCUGGGCUUUGCUCCUGCGAGUUCCCGUCCCUGGGCCCCAGAAGAGCUGGUGAAGGUGGCGGCAGAGGCGGCUGCCACCCCAAAUCUCCCCUGCCCUGGCUUGGCGCUCCAGCCUGAGGGCCGGGGAGGGAGGCGCCCAGCACAUCGUGUCCAUUUUCAGAGAAGCAGGCUGUCUCCUUGGCAACCAGGGCUGAGGGGUCAUGCCGAGCAUGAAGCGCACCCUGGGGACCCGUCUCCGUCUCCGGAGGGCAGCAAGUGCUCUUGGGCAGGGCUCUGCUGCCUGGCUCCCAGCAUGCAGCAGGAGGCUCUGGCCUCCCAGCCCCUCCCUUGGCAAGCAGGGUAUGGAGUUCUGGUCCUGGCUGGGCAGCAGCCCUAAACCUCAGGUCCCCCUGUGCCACAUGGCUGUUUGGGACGGGGCAGGCUCUUGGGGUGGCUCUGGGGCUCCUCAGUGGGGCUGCCCAGGGUGCGAUGCGACGGGGUCUCUGGGCCAGGCCUCAGUGUGCCAGCCUCAGGGGGCUGGGCAGGACAGCGUGGCACUCCUGUGAGAGGCUGGAGCCAAGGAGGGGUGUCCUGGGGACGAGGUCGCCAGUGCAGGGGCUGCCUGGCCCCUGGCAAGAGAAGCAGCCAUCACCCAUUCUGUCAGUGCUGGGUUGUUGAUGCCUCGUUGUGAGCUCGGGUUGCUGUGAUGUGAAUAAAGGUGAUUUCAUACCAGCCUGAA